AUGCAUCAGUUCUAUGGAACGCAAGUCCGGCCAAGACCGCUACCAGCAAUGUGUCCCCGCAUCUCGGCCAAGCGUUGGCGCCACCCAAAGGAGAACAGCCUUACCAGGAUUCCUGAGCGUAUAACCGAUCCUCGCAGCUCGCGUGUGUCUGCUCGUCCAGCCAUCGAUCGACCGAUACCUGCCGCAUUAUGCCGCCAUCGCUUCCAAAGCAGCAUCAGCAGCGUCAGCAGGGGUAAGGUGGUGGGGAUGGUUGCAUGGGGGGAUACUGGGAAUGGGAUCCAUCACCGGCGGGGGAAUUGGGGCAGGUCUCCGAGGACAGAGACGGCUGCAUUUAAAGUUGAGCCAGCGAGUGGCCCUCAGACCCCCGCGCAGCAGCACGCCAAGGCCACCGGACAGUCACCCUGCGGUGCAGUCUGUAUUAUUGCCUCAGGAGGCGCCAAGUCUCCGCGCUCCGGAACACCUUGGCGUUUCCGCUGGGGCCACUCGGCCGCUGCACCAAUCAUAUCGCUCGAACUCGGGUCUCGAUGCUCGUACUGGCUCACGUGGCGGAAUGCUGUGGUCGUAUGCGUCAUAAUCCCGAAAGAGGCGAGACUCGCCGACUUCGCGCCCAAGGUUGGCGCCAAGGCAUCGCUUCCGGGGGUUCUGUGA